AUGCACAUGGCAAAGGUCUUUGAUCAAGCAAAGAUUGCCGAGCAGGAGCUCGCCAAUCUCUUCAAGCAAGCAGAGCAAGAUGAACUUCAUCAUCACCGAGCAGCAGAAGAGUCUCUUGGAGUUUACAGAGAAGUCAAAGAUGUCUUGAAAGAGAAGCAGCUAGAGGCUGAGGAAUCCCAAGCAGUGAUAGAUGAGCUACAAGCAGAAAUUUCCUCUUUACGCAGCGCGCUGAAAAACGCCUUUGCUGAAUUGGAGGAUGCCAGUGCCGCUUACCGUGCCACGGACGCACGCGUCACUUCAGAACGGGCAGUGCUUGCAGAAGAACUGGCCGAGGCCAAGCUUACGGCCGAAGGAGCUCGUAUGGAGCAGGUGGCAGCUGAAGAACAACGCCAAGAUGAGCUCCGAAAAGAGCUGUCAGAGUGCUUGCAGCGGGAAGCACUGGGACAAGCUCUGCUCAAACGAUUGCGGCAGCUUCGAAAUGAUGCUGAGACUCAAAGGAGGCAUCGAGAUGAACUGCUUCCCACAGCUCCUGCGAAGGUGGAUGCGGCAUGCCAAAGCAGCGUUGCGGAAGAGAAGCUGGCAUCCGACCCAUUGGACACAAGCUCUCAAAGUCAAACAGUUUCCAGCCUGGAACCUGCAACCUCAAAAUGCAUACCUUCAACGAUGCCUGCGACGCCCCAGAUGCCUUUGCCAAUGUGUACAGCUUCUGAUCAACGGCAGUGGUUGCUAAGCCGUGUGCAAAAGCUUCAUGCCGUAAAGGACCAAUUACAGAAUCUCAGACAGCAAUCCCUGUGCACUCCGGAGAAAGCCAAAUCCGGAAAUUCGGAGUCCCAGGAGACUUUGCGGAGGUGGCACAAAAAGAUACCAGUGCGGGCAGCGCAGCGCAACUGA